CUUGGUAUCAAACGGCAUCGAUAAAGAAAGCGAUUUGUUCCGUAUUGAAAGACAUACAGGCAUUGUGUUCACGACCAGUUCUCUUGAUAGAGAAUCAUCUGCUUCGGGAUCAUACAUUUUACAAAUAACUGCCACAGAAGUUGGAAGUAAAAUACGACCACCGCCACACUCAGUGACGGAAGUCACUGUAAUGAUAACCGAUAUCAACGAUGAAAAACCUCGAUUUCGAAGUAAUAGGUAUUUGUGCGAGAUUCCGGAAAAUAGUCCCGUUAAUACACCCUUAACAUUUCUUGGAAAUUCAAUUAAUGAAGUGUUUGAUUAUGAUCAAGGUGUGAAUGGCACAUUUCAGCUUUUAAUUCGCGAUCACAAUGAGAUUUUUGAGGUGACGCCAUCGAAAGUAAUCAACGAAGCCAAUUUUCUUAUUCGUAUAAAAAACUCUUCCGCUUUAGACUACGAAAACAAUAAAACCUUUAAUCUAACAUUAGUGGCUAGAGAAAUAGUAAAAGUUCAAUCAAAGAAAAGCGAAGUGCCAGUUAUAAUAAACGUUCUUGAUCGAAAUGACAAUUACCCAGAGUUUUCAAAACCUUUCUACGAAGUAUGGGUUCCAGAAAAUUGCAAAGAAGGAACGACAGUCGCUUGGGUACAAGCCUUGGAUGAUGAUUCAGGAAACUACGGAACUGCAGGUGUGCGAUACACAAAUUUAGCUGGUGGUAUUGCAGAUUUACUUAGUCUACAUCUGGUGACUGGGAUAAUAACUGUCAAAAAUGCCGGAGGUUCUACCUGGGACAGGGAACAAGUUGGAAGGCAUUAUUUGACAGUUGAGGCAAGGGAUGAUUUGGGCACGGGAAAUAGAAACACAGUGCAAUUAAUUAUUAACAUCGAAGAUGUGAAUGAUAAUCCUCCAAUUUUUGUUCAAAAUAAAUACGAGGCACGAUUAAUGGAAAACGAACUCGAGUUUGAACUACCGUUACGUGUAGAAGCAAGAGAUGCCGACUUAGCCGGUACUGAAAAUAGCGAAAUUGAAUAUUCCCUAAUUGAAAAUUACUUAAAUUUUUCGAUUGAUUCUCAUACGGGUAAAAUAAAACCGACUCAUCCAUUGGAUUUCGAAAGUUUCAAAGGACCCAACAGUGAAAGUGUAAGAAUACUACAUUUAACUGUGAGGGGUGCAGAUCGUGGUGAUCCAGUCUUGUUCACAGAAGUACCAUUAACUAUAUAUCUUUUGGAUGCUAAUGAUCACUCCCCAGUGUUUGACCGAGAAGUAUAUAAUUUAACCAUACCAGAAAAUAUUCCGGGAGGCACGUCAAUAUUUCAGGUGAGAGCACAAGAUGCAGAUGGAUCCGUACCAAAUAGUCACGUGGUAUACCGAAUUCAAAGCGGCGCAUCGGAUAAAUUUACAAUUGGGCCUGAAAAUGGCGUCAUUUCAAUUGCACGUGGAGCUACACUAGAUCCAGACACAACUCAACCUCGUACCACACUUUACUCGCUUCACGUUAUUGCAAUUGAUGGUGCGACAGGAGAAAAUCAGAAAAAUGCGAAUGUAACUGUUAACAUAAACAUUCUUGAUGUUAACAAUAAAGCACCUAGUUUUAUUGAUCCGGGUACAGUCGCAAUUAUUGAGAAUGUAUCCGUGGGAACCGUUAUAACUCGAGUAAGAGCCAACGAUAUGGAUUCUAGCGCAAAAUUGAUGUACAAAAUUGACGCCACAUCUUGUCAAGCCAAGAAUGAACGUGGCAUAUUACUAAAGAGACCAGAUUUUGAUUGUGAAACAUGGUUUGAUUUAGACGGUGAAACUGGAAUUCUGAAGGUGGCCAAAUUGAUUGAUAGGGAAAUGAUGGAAAGUAUUGUUCUAACUUUUAUUGUCGAAGAUAUUGCCGCCGAAACAGAUGAACCACAAAUAGAUAUAACACAACUAGUAAUUAAAGUGGAGGAUGUUAACGAUAACAAUCCAAAGUUCAGAAAACCAUUCUAUCGAUUUUCAGUUACCGAAAACAGCAAAAAUGGUAUUGCAAUUGGCAGCGUAAUCGCCGAUGAUGCCGACAAAAACAAAACUCUAAUCUACACCUUGGAAGGCCGCCCAGAGGUUGCUUCUUUGGUAUACUUAGACAAAGACACCGGAGAUCUACUCGUUGCAAAUAAAAUUGACCACGAAAUGUAUGACUGGCUGAAUCUUACUGUUAAAGCAACGGAUUCAGAUAUACCACCACGUUCUAGUCGGGUUGAAUUAUUUAUCCAAAUUCUGGAUGAAAAUGACAACAAUCCUUUUUUUCUACCGGAACCUAAAGUAUUAGUUGUCGCGGAAGAUGCAUACAUUGGGCAGAGGAUUGCUAUUUUAGAAGCAAAAGACUCCGACAGUGGAGAAUACGGCAAAAUAACAUACUUGUUAGAUAGGAUUUCAUCUCAAGGCAAAUUCUCUCUUGAUGCAGAUACAGGUGUAUUGAAAGUAGCUGAUCUAUUAGAUCGCGAGACAAAACAAAAUUAUCUAUUAGUGGUAGAAGCUUGGGAUAAUUACCAAUAUGGUUACAACAAUGGAGAAAGUCGAAACGCAUUCAAACAUAUAAAUGUCACGAUUUUGGAUGUAAACGAUAAUGAACCACAAUUGAACUUACCAACCACUUGUAUUUCUAUAACAGAGUUUCAUGAACCCGGGCAAGUUAUAACUACUAUUCAAGCUCAGGAUGCAGAUGAUCCUGAAACUGAAAAUGGCCAAAUUAUAUUGGAUAUCGCAGGGGGAAACGAUCAGAAUUUGUUUGUUUUGGAUCAAAUUAAUGAAUUUUCAGCAGAAGUAAAAACUUUAUCUACGUUACAAGGCAAACAUGGAAAUUAUUCACUGAUUUUGAGAGCUCAAGAUUUAGGACGACCCAAAUUCACUACAAAAGGGACUCUUCCGAUUUGUGUAACUGAUUUCAAUGAUCAUGCACCUGAAUUUUUAAGCCCUCCACAUAAUUCCACUUUGAAAGUACCAGAGAACGCAACCGUUGGCAGUGCUCUAGUUCAAAUUGUAGCUAAAGACGAAGAUGUUGGAUCCAAUGGAGCAGUUCGUUACAGAUUGAAAUCAGAUCCCGCAGGACACUGGAAAACAUUUAACUUGCAACCUGUGUCUGGUAUUUUGGAGUUGCGACUUCCACUGGAUCGAUCAAAGCAAAAAAUAUACGAUAUUCGAAUUGAAGCAUAUGAUUUAGGUGUGCCGACUGCAUUAAGUUCAGACCUGGAUUUAACUGUCUACGUGAGCAACAUUAACGAUUAUCAACCACAGUUUAUGAUUGAUGAAUAUUUGGUUAAUUUUACUGAAAACAAAAGUGCAGGUUACGAGAGACGCCGGCUACCUGAAACAGUUGAUCGCGACGAAUUGGAAUUUGAUGGACCUAUCGCACCAAUUUGUUAUUUUAUCGUUGGUGGAAAUGAUGGAGACUUCUUUCAGUUGAAUGCUUUAACCCAUGAACUCACUGUUACCAAUCCUCUUGAUCGAGAAACUCAGGAUGAACAUCUACUGUGGAUCAAAGCUACUGAAGAUUGCCUUUCCCCACCAAAUAAUCAAAGUUUCUUUGACACCUCAGAUGAUACUUUAUUAAAACUGAUAAUAAAAGUCAAAGAUGUGAAUGAUAAUGCUCCUAAAUUUGUACAUCGGGUUUUUACGGGGGGAGUCAGUACUGUUACAAGUUUUGGAACUAAAUUUAUGCACGUGAGAGCCGUGGAUCCGGAUUAUGCAGAAAAUGCAGAAAUAUCGUAUUAUUUGGUUGGAAAAAUCCAAAUGACUUUGACGGAAGGUUUAGAAAACUUGCAACGUGCUCCAUUUAUUGUCGAAAAGGACACAGGAUCUGUGCAGCUCAACUUUGAUCCACAGCAAGGGAUGAAAGGAUAUUUUGAUUUUAUGGUAUUAGCAAAUGACACGGGCGGCCUUCAAGACAUGGCGCGAGUAUUUAUUUAUUUAUUACGUGAAGAUCAGCGAGUCCGAUUUAUUUUAAGGCAACAACCUGUCGAGCUACGAAACCGGAUUGAAAUAUUUAGAGAGAUUUUGGGUAACGUAACUGGAGCAAUUGUAAACGUGGAUGAAUUCCGCGCUCACGCUAAUCAUGAUGGAACUGUAGAUAAAACACGUACAGAUUUAUAUCUACACUUGGUCAAUCGUAAGGAUCAUUCUAUUUUGGAAGUAGCCGAAGUGUUGCGUCUUGUGGAUCAAAAUACCGAGCGCCUAGACGCACUGUUUAAAGAGUUUAAUGUGUUAGAUACACAGCCUGGGGGCACACUUGCAUUGAGUGUUGUUCAAAAAGCUGGGACGACCUUUUGGUUGACAGCCAGUUCAUUAUUUUUAUUCCUGCUGCUACUCCUUUGUUUAGCUUUGUGCGUUAAUCAACGACACACAUAUCAACGAAAAUUAAAAGCUGCCACUGCUACAGCAUACGAUAGCGAAAUUGAUGGUCGCGGUUUGAGUGGCUUAGGUGGACGCGUACCAAAUACAAACAAACACAGCAUGGAAGGCAGCAAUCCAAUGUGGCUCAAAGCAUACGAAAACGAAUGGUACAAAAAUUCGGACGACAUGAGUCAAAAUUCCGAACGUGAUUCCCUGGAUGAAAAUAUUCUAUCAUCAGGCGACAGUUCAGAUCCCACAUUGAUACGUGCCCAAAACGUUUAUCAAACUUUGCCGCCCAUUCUGCCACCGCGAAAAAUGGAAACGACUGAAUUAUGAUUGUCGGUCUGUCGCUGGGUGGAGGGCGAUAUUACCUUGAAGUCAUGUUAACUCUAGUGACACCUGUGCUACCUUCAAUAAUCAAAGACAUGACCAAAUAUUAACUCUUAAAUCUGAAACGCCGAAAUACAGAUCUAACGGAUUGAUUUUAUAUUGAGAGACGACCGUAGUUCAAAGAAAGUAGAUGCAAUUACUAAUCCAUUAUUUAUUUCCAGUUUUGAAUUUAACGUCUUGUGUAAUUAAUUAUUGAUGUGUGGCUAAAACUUGUUUAGAGAUAUGAUGCAACGAUUAUUUAUUUGCGCAUUUAUUUGUAUACUUCAUAUUUAAACAUUAUUUUAUAUUCAUCGAAUGAAUGUUUGCUCUUUAAUUAUACUGUGUGUGAGUUGUCAGAUCUCUUAUGAGUGAAACUAUUGUUAUAUGGCGGUUCAUGCGAACCUUGAGCAAUAGCUACUUUCGUAGUCAAAUGAUUAAAAAGUGUAAGGUGUUUUACAACAUUAUAUGUGAUUCCAGACAUGAUGUAAAUAAUAAAAUAUUAAAAAUUAAACAUGUAUAAAAACA